AUGGCUAACACCCCAUCUUCUGUCGGCCAUUAUAGAGCCAGAAACGCGCGGUCAGCAAUACGGUCUUCAGCACAAUCGACUUCAGCGUCUGUAACUCGCAAUGCAGCACCGACGCCACUAACACUCGAGGACUCCCAACGCCAUCACCAAGCGCAGAUUCUUCUGUUACAGCAACAACGGCAGCAACAAGUUCAACAACAGUCUCAACAUCUUCAGCAGCCUCAAUUCCACAUCCAACAAUAUCAGCUACCAGCGGUUGCAUAUCCACAUACACAACCAGCACCACAGGCAAAUAGCGACGAUGUUAUAAACGUUAUUAGACGGUUUUAUGACAGGAUUGACCCACGCAUGCAAAAACAGGAUGAUAACUACAAACGCCUUGAUGCCAAGAUCGAUCUCCUACUCGCAGAGAGGGAGGAGGCCAAAAUCGUCGAGGCGCGGCAAGCGAAAAUAUUAGAGGCUAAACUCGCCGUUCACAGGGAUUUGGUUGAGUUUUUGAAGAGGCUCGAGAAAACAAUUGGGCGAAGCGCUGACAAUAACCCCAAUUUCUCCAUCAUGGGACGGCUGGAUGCCCUGGAUUUUUCUGUCGGGGAGCUUCUGGAGAGAGCUCGAGAUCCAGAGGCUAAUUUUCCAGACGCUGUUGCCGCCUCCGUUCCCGCCCCCCCAGUUCGCCACGAAAUGGGGGUCAGUCCCAGGAAAAAGGCUUACGCGAAUGCCUCGACAAUAAUCGAUCUAUCUUCUCCCGGCCCAUCUACACCACGACAGUUCACAGCCGUUGAAACAUCAUCACUUUGUACUCGAUGCUCCUCAGACAACAUGACCGUAGUGGGAGACACAACCAUGUUUGAUUUGACGAAACAAGUGCAGGCUUUUAAUGAUAAGUCUCCGCGAAACAUUACUCUGGAUUUGUACUCGAGUCGGGACAACAUUCCGCCUGUUGAGCCUUCUCGUCGACGCUCGCCACUCUCAUCUGGCUCAAGGACACAAAGUUGUGAAGCUAAUUCUCGCUCCAAUAAUUCCCAAGACUUUUCCCCGGCCAACUGGUCACAGACCACCUCUUCCGCAGACCAAGCGAUCCCAACGUCAACUCCGAAGAAAAUCUAUCCAGUGGUAUUUCAUCCUAGCCCGAUUGCCCACAGCAAAUCGUCGGCUGAUGUUCCAGAGGAGGGGACGAUUGCUUCGCUGAGGCUGCAGACACUUGGGGAUCGGGAAUGUUUGGAGCCUAGCAAUACAACUGCGCAUCAGCUUGAGGCGUCUCCUGCUCCACCUGCCCACCCGUCGAUGCAUUCCCCUGCGGAUUCGAUGUCACCAGGUUUGGGAGACAAUGAGGAGGAUGCGAAUAAAGUUGAUAUUACGGAAGACGAAGACGAACAGAUGGUAGAUCGGGACCAGCAGUUAUUGGAUGAAAAGGAUCAGGCAGAAAUUGACAAUGAGGAUAAGGAGGAGCGCAGUUCCUCUUCUACAGCGUCAGAAAUUGCGAUUACAGCCAACCACCACCCUGCACCAUCAACAUCACUGAUUUUUCCAUCGUCAGAUAUACCCCAGAGCCUCGAUCGUUCUCCUGCAUACCAUGAACCACCAACGAGAAGUCCAAAUUCGACUCCCAAACAAAAGUACUCGCUAUCAUUGCCCAGCCCUGAUUUCAGCCAUCUUGCUCAACGAUCCCCUUCUUUUUCUUCACCAAGGACAUCCCAACCUUUAUCUUCGACGCCCAAACGAAAGUCGUCACCAAUAAAACCGGAAUACAUGAGCUCUAAUCACGCCUCGCUUGCACAACGAUCUUCUUGCUCCUCCCCUUCUACUUCAACAAGGACACCCCAGCUCUCAUCUUCGGUUGAAGAUGAACAAGUAGUUUCAGAACUAGUUCUGGCAUCUCCGACUCCUACUCCAAUACCCAAUACUCCAGUACCCCAUACACAGAGAGCUGCGCUAUCUCAACAACCUUCUCUCCGUCUCCCGUCCCCGCCACCAUCAUCUCCGUGGGCGUGGGCGUCGCAGCAGUCAACUCCCCGUGGACAUACUGCCCUCCCGGUCCCCCCUGGAGGAACGUCGUCGAGCUCGUCUUUUUGUAGUCCAAAUAAAGUUGGCCGUAGUUUUGCGGAUAGACCAUCGAAUGAAAGGCCAUCAAUGACCAUAACUCCCCAAUCUUUGCACUUUGCCUACUCAUCCUCAUCCCUAAGCAGUGUUCCGAACAACGAGGAGGAGGACGAGGAAGAGGUUGUGAUAGCUUCGAGCUGCUCCCCUCCUCCGAUAGAGUCUCAGCAAGAAUACGAACCCCGAGCUGGAGCAGGAGACCAUGGUAUUGAUAGGACUCAGCAGGACGAGCAUGGCAAUGAGAAGAAUCUUGUGAAUGGGUUUGAAAUAGAGGGGCAAGACCACAAAAGCGACGAGGAGAACGCCAACAACCUGUUUGCUUUACCCACGCCAGAAUUCGAGUCUUCGCCAGAGCGGGGAGGCGGACCGGACGUUUCUGCUCUGGAUGACGAAACAGAGCAGCAUCCUCCACAUCAUGGGUCUAGUAGCCAAUCUCCCCCUCCAACUCCUUCAUCUCUCCAUCCUACCAGCAAGAUUCGCAACGUCGCUUCAACAGCACAACCUCCUCAAACCAGCCACUCCCCUCCUCGAUUCCCUUCCGUUACUUCCUCACCUCCUGCGCAAGAUUCUCAAGUUACCGCUGCAAGUCCUGAAAAACCUCGCCAGAUACAUGUUCCACCCAAACCACCUCAUACAUCUCGAGAGGCCAUGUAUAUAUCUUCUUCCCCAGAACUUCAGCCGGAAGUAAAGAGCGAGAGCCAUCAUUCGCCUUCAAGAAGCUUUGCCGAGUCGCUGUCGCCGCUGACUGAUGAAGAAAGCGACAGUAGCCUUCGCGCUCGUGGAUUCAAACCCCGUUACGACGACAGCGACGAUGCGGAGAUCGUUCCAGUCAAAAAACGCAAGAUCACGCCUACGAAAAAGAAGAUUGAGCCUGGGAGGAUUGUGAUAAACCUGAAGGCACUUUUGUCCAAGCCGGGAGAUAGCGCCGCCGCUACCAAGGUAGUGAGAAAGAAAAGAAAAGUGAUGGUGGACAAUGAGGAUGAGGAGCCGCCGCUGAAGCGCGCCAAGGACAGGUUGUCGAUGAAGGAGAAGGGGAAGAGGGUGAAGAAAGAUGGUUCUACUGCAUCUCUUGGGACGGUGAAGCAGGAACAGAAGCCGAAAAAGAAAAGGUUAGAUGGAGUGGUGGAGAGGGAUAGGUCGCCUUCCGCUUCAGAGCAACGUUCAGCGAGGCCCCGGAGGGGGAAACGGAAGGUUAAGUGGCCAGCAUUAAAUGAGUUGGGUGACAAUGGGUUUCAUCGCAAGUUCAUCAAAUGCGACUUAUGCUUCGCCUGGUUCCACUACGGCUGCGUCGGCAUCACCCCAACGGACUCGAGGCUCAAUCCUACAGAAAUGUUCUUUUGUCCUCCUUGUGACGCCAAUGGAAGUUCUCAAAAACGCGAGGGGGAUACAGAAGCGACUUUCUGUGGACGGCCAGAUUGCGAUCACCGUGAAGCACCUGCAGAUGAAUACUUUGUGGCUGGCAUUGUCGGGAGGAAAAUAAUUAUGACAGGUGGACAUGGUCGACUAUCGAAGUGGUUGGUCAAGUGGGACGGCUACCCAAUAAAUCAGUGUACUUGGGAGUAUGAGAACGCAAUGCCCGACCCGCAGAAGUUGAUCGAAGAGUUCGAGGAAGCUGCGACGAAAGAGGGGAUUGAUCUUGAUGCAGACCCCUACGCGAGAGUGUUGUUGCGGGAAGUGAUUGAGGGGGGUUGGUCAGAUCCAGAGGAAGAGUGA